AUGGAACCUAUGGCUCUAGGAUCACCGUCACACGACAGUCCACAAAAACCUAUCUAUCUUCCUGGAUACUUGAUGGGCGAACGUGCUCAAUCGCCAAUGGGUAAUGUUUCCAUUAGCACCAUGUCUCCGUUACGUGCAAAUCGUAGCCACACUCCGGAUGUACACACUACGUUUUUAAUGCGCAAUUUUCAUCAUGAACUAAGCGAUAAGCCAUCUUCCACUCCUAUCACAAAUAGAGUCAAUGAUGAACCAACAAAAGCUCCAACAAUUGAUUUAUUUGAUACAAUAAAUACUUCCGACUAUAGUGAAAAGCAGUGUAACAAUAAAGUAAACAAACAAUUUUAUUCUGAUAAAAACAAUCUGGUUGAACAACCAAAAGCUGCUCCGGGAUGUUGGAUUACAGUUUUUGGCUUCUCAAUUUCGAAUAAAGAUGAAAUAUUAUCUAAAUUUAAACACAUGGAGUCUUGUUGUGAUGUGAGACAAGCUGGGCCAAAUUGGGCACACAUAUGUUUUAGUGAUCCUUUAGAUUAUCAUCGUGCUCUAUUAUUGAAUAGCCAAAUAACCAAUAAUGGAGCUAUGAUUGGAGUUAUUCCAUGUAAUGAUAAGACAAUUUUAAAUGAAAAUAUCAUCAGCCCUAUUAAUUCACACCCUGGUCCAAGUACUGAAAUUUUAUCAAAAUCGGUGCGCUCACCAAUUUUAGGUCAACAAUUUUCCAGUCCAAAUGAUUCAAUCUCUAAAAGAAAUAAUAUCAGACCAAUGGCUAUAAAACCUAUACCUAUGCAAGGAAAUAAUAACUCUCCUGCAGCUACAACUUCAAAUGGUAUUGUUACAAAAACUUUGGAAUAUUUGUUUGGUUGGUAG